UAAAAUUUAGAUUUUUUAUAAUUUAUAUAUUAUAUAAUAAAAGAAAUCUUUAUUUAAUACUUCCUUAAUUUCCAGUAAGGUUUUUUUAUUUAUCCUUGACACGUGGAUGAACUAUCAAACUCGAUGGUAUCAAAAGGGUUGAAGACCCGUCAUCAAUGGUGGUCAGAAGAUACCGAAGAGUCCAUUUCUCGCAGGCGUUUUACGCGUGGGUGUUAUCGCGGAUGGUCGGAAGGGAAAAUUGACGUUCGGUCGUCGUUGUUAUUCGUUCGACGAGGUACGAGAACCACUGGGAAAAUGUGAACGUAUGGACACCCGACGUUGUCUGACUCGACUAGUGUUCAGUGUCGUCAGUUCGAUCCGGUCAGUGGGCCAUUCAGCAUGAACAACGAGCGCAAGGAUAAUGGGUCCGUUUACUCGGUCGGAAGCCAGAACCAUCUAAUGACGAUAAAAUCUAGGAAAACCUUCUUCAAGAAAAAGACUAAGAUUCCUAAUCUGUUGGUGAUAAUUUUUUGCUUCCUGGUGGGUUCCUUGUCUGUAACAGUUGUGGUGCUUGCAAUACUUUAUGCGUGUAAUAGUAUGGUAAAGAUAUGUGACAGUGAGGAUUGCGUGCGAGUCGCGGCUAGUUUGAAGGAAUCUAUGAAUGUGUCCGUAGAUCCUUGCGACGAUUUUUAUCACUACGUAUGCAGCAGAUGGCCGCAGGAGCAUCCUAUUCCGGAUUCCAGCUUGACGAAUUCCUGGUUCAACGAGCGCAACGAUCGUAUGCUUAGGAAAAUCAGAGAGCUGCUGAAAGUUAAUAUGUCUGCCAGUGAGGUACCCUGGGCAGUGAUGCAGGCCAAGACUAUGUUCACUAGCUGCAUGGACGUGCAUACCAUGAAUGAGCUCAAUUUGUCCCCACUAUUCGAUCUGUUGGAGUUAUUAAAUUUACCUGUGAUCCCCGCAAGAGACAUUAAUAAAACAACCAAUUACAUUGAACAACUCGCUAGGAUAAAGAAAGUUUUAAACUAUGACAUUUUUUUUGGCUUGGAUGUCAUGCCCGAUUUAAAGAACAAGAGCAAGAACGUAAUCUCCUUCGACCUUCCGGAUCAUUCCAGUCCUUUCCCCACUGAAAAAGAAUUAGAAAAGCGGUUGCACACUGUCAGAUCACGAUUGCGAAAAUUAGACGAGUUAGAUGACGAAGCCAUGCUGAGCGAGAACGAAAAUAUUGAGCUUACUUAUAUGACUGAUGUUAUUAAAGAAGUUAUCAGCAAUGGCACCAUAAAUGAGUGCACGUCGGAAGACGAAAUUAUGAUAUUAGAAACUAAAUUAGAGAAUUUUGUUGAGAUGCUUUACAAUAUUAGCAAUCUUCUCUAUGACAUAACUGGUGCAGAAAAUCAGAGUGUUUCUAUGGAAGACUUGAGUGAUAGCGAUUACAUGCUGGUAGAUGAUCUACAAAAGUUGACAGACCAAUAUGUAAUAGAGAUGAAUUCAUCCCUCACGCCUAAUCUGAUUUGGCGUCCUUUUAUUGAAUCCCUUUUUAAAGGGAUUGUUAAGUUGGAUCUUGAUGAAAAGGACAAAGUUCUCAUUAACAAUUUGGACUUUUUAAAAAAUAUUGCACUGUUGUUUGCUAUUAUGCCGGAGGAAACCAUAGAAAGCUACAUUUGGUGGACCAUUGUGGACAUUGUGGUGCCCCAUUCUUCCAAUAAGCUCAGGAAUAUUUGGAACGAUUAUGUAAAUAAGUUAAUAGAUGUGGAAGUAGGUGAAUCGAAAUCGUUGAACUGCGUGUCGGUAGUCAAUGAAUUAAUGGGAAUGGCGGUGUCAUGGCUGUUCGUAGAUCCGACAUUUCACGAGAACAAAGUUAAUAGAGUACAAGAAAUGUUAGAAGACAUAAGAGAGGCGUUCGCGUCGCUUGUGAUCAAGACAGAUUGGAUGGAUCAAUCGACGAAAACGGCAACGCUGGAAAAGAGCCAGAAAAUGGUCUCUGAAAUUGGAUUUCCCACAUGGCUCUUUAACGAAGAAAAGCUCAACGACUAUUACAAAGGUAUAAGCCUAUCGGAAAUAAACUAUCUAGAAAAUAUGAUACAAAUCGUGCAAUUGCAAUCAAAUACCACGUUGGCGAGUCUGCACGACGAUAAUGUAUACAACGAGUCAUACUGGGCAACUGAUCCUACUGUUGUAAAUGCAUUCCACACCUUUCAACUUAAUCAUAUAACUAUACCUGCUGGAAUUCUGCAAUUCCCAUUUUAUGAAUUGGGUCUUGAAGCCUUAAAUUACGGCGCUAUCGGUACGAUACUUGGACACGAGUUAACUCAUGGAUUCGACAAUAGUGGUCGGCAUUACGACGGUGACGGAAAUCUUCGACAAUGGUGGACCAAUGAAACCAUUUCGGAAUACUCGGAUAGGACUCAGUGUUUUAUAGAUCACUAUAACACUUAUUAUAUGGAUGAGGUCGACGAUUACAUCGACGGCGAGCUAACCCUGGACGAGAACAUCGCCGAUAAUGGCGGCCUUCGCGAAGCCUUUCUCGCUUACCAGAGAUGGAAGAACCGGCACGGUCGAGAGCCUAUACUUCCGGGAUUCACCCAGUUUACGCACGAUCAGCUAUUUUUUCUUUCUUACGCACACUUAUGGUGCGAAUCUUAUACUGCUACAUCAUUGAAGUGGCUGUUGAAAGAUUCUCAUUGUCCCGGUCACGUGAGACUUCAAGCUGUACUGAGAAAUUCCAAAGAAUUUAGUGCCGCAUGGAAUUGUCCUGUAGAGUCAAGCAUGAACCCUUCGAAAAAGUGUCAUAUGUGGUAAAUAGCUGCUUUUAUCUUUGGCAGAUAAAAGAUGACGUUUGUUAUUUAAUAUCGUUGAUUAAUCAAAUAUUUACCAUUUUGUGAUAUGGAACUAAAAAAACUCAGAACGAUAAUAAUCUAAUAAUAAUUAAAACAAUUUAUUAUUUUGUGAGACUCAUGACAACUUACAGUAAUGUAAAAGCAUUAUCUAAUAAUAAGAUUUUCUUUUCUAUUUAUUUUUAAUCAACAAUGAUUGAUAUGGAAUUAAUGUGGACACGGAGUUUGUACGAAGUUUUGUACUGCAGUCGCUAUAAUUAUUGUUGUCCGUUUAAUGUAUGAUAUGUGACAAAUUGUUUUUAUGUAAUUUCCGUAAGAUCUUUCGCACGUUGGGGACUAGCAUCAACGAGAAAUUAAAGAGUGGUUCAAUAAUGUUUGUAAUAAAAGAACUUUAUUUACGUAUAAAAAAUAUUUUUCAACUCCUACAUUCUUUAUUUUUUUACAUGUCUAAAUAGAAUUUUUAAUCUUGUUUUGCCAUUUCGAUUGGUACAAGAUAGAAAAUUAUACACAAUAGUAUGUUAUAUACAUGUAGUACCGC